UAUUAAUUCUUUUUAGUCUUUUGAAGAUGUGAAUCUCAUAAAAAUGAUAUUCAUUUCUCCAUGACAAUAAUGAUCAUUGCAUUUAUUUUGUAGGAUAAUAUUAAAAAAUCUUAUUAAUUUUUUAGGUCAAUGUAAAGCUAUCAAUUAUUAUUGAAUCAGAUUCUGAGGUUAAAAAGAACCGAUUAUCUCAAGAAAUGGCAAUUUAUAAGAGGUUAAUUUUUUUAUUUUGUUUUUAAACAAAUUAGUAAUUCUGAUAUUAGCACAUAAUUAAUUUAAAUUAACGAGCAAGCACAUGUUAAAACCAUAUGAU